AAUCCGCUCUAUUUAGGUUUCAUAAUCAUUUUUAACCUUUUCGCGAAAAACUCCUAGGGCUGAUUGUAGUAGAAACUAAUAAAAUGGCUGGAAUUAUAAAGUUCCGUAACAUGCCAAUAAUGCAGAGAUGUGUGUGGAACCAUGUCAACAAGAUGAGUCGUAACAUUUCUACUAAAAAGACCAGUGAUAAUGCAACAACGACUACUGCACCUCCUGUAUGCAAAGAUGAGAAGAACUGGGUGAGCUAUGGGUUCGACUAUAAUAGCCAUAAGGAAGAUACAAACGUUCACAACGCUUCAUUCUUCUUCUCUGUGACAUUGUGUUUGGUAUUUGGAGGAUUUGCCUGGGCCUAUGCUCCAGACACCCAUUUGAGAGACUGGGCUCAGCGAGAAGCAUUCCUAGAACUUCGUCGUCGAGAAAAAGCAGGACUUAAACCUAUAGAUCCUAACUUCAUUGACCCUAAACUAAUGAAACUGCCAUCAGAUGCAGAAAUAUGUAACAUCGAGACCAUUAUUUAAAAUGUCAUGUAGAACACAACUGUUUGUACAACAUCUUUGUUAUAGUUAUGGGCUGAAAUGUGUAGUAAACUUUUAAACUAAUAAUUUUCUUUUAUUAUGUUUAAAUAUAUUUUAAUAGUACAAUAAUAACAUUUUGCUGUAAGCGCCAACAUUAGCCAUUAAUUUGGCUUGCAGUCAUGCUUAAAUGUCCUGACAGCUUCACAUCUUUAGAAACCAUUGUAAUAAAUAUCUGCUAAUUGAAUUCUUUAUAA